UGCAUUUGUAAAGAAAACAAAAAUAAUAAUUGUCCGACGACAACUGCCUUCUCCACACUUCGGUCCCAUCCCAUCCUAUCCCAACCCAUCCUACUUCCUUUCUUCUUAUUUUCUUGACACCAGAAUGAUUAUUGAUAUCCUUCCCUUUCGCCUCAAACUGGCCUCGAUCGAAAAGACCGAUAUCCCCCGUUGCACUCAUCAGCUUAUGAAACUGGUUCUCUUUCCAGCAGGGCCAAAACACUUUUUCUCAUACACAGAAACCGACAAGGAGGUCUCGCUGAUCCUGGACGAGACACAUAUCCCUGGCUUUCCGGAUGAUGUCCUCGAUGUAUGCAAUGUGAUCUGGCGGGCCGUUCAGAUCGAGCCCGGCGAGUCGGGCAUUGCGGCGAUCGAGGUGGUCCCCCGAGUCUCCAAGCCAUUGGCCGACAUCGAUGUCUCCAUCAUGCAAAUAUCAACAUACGACGCAGAUUUUACACUCCUGCCCGAGUGUGACCUCACACGCGCGCUCGAAUGCCUCACCACCACCUUCAGCAUCGGCAACAACCCUCUCGAAGAUGCCGGACUGCAGCCCUCAGAUCUGCAGUCCUGGGAGGAGACCUUCCCCACAUGUGCCGCAGACAUCAACUCGCUUCAGGACGCACUAUUGCUCGGUGCUGCAACCACACGCGGACGUCAGUCCAGUCUCUCGGGUCCACUUAGAGGUGGUGAUGACAUCAAAAGUCAUGGGGAUAGCGGUAUUGGAAGCGAAGCGACUAGUGGACCGAACAGUGGACUGACGAGUGGUCAUGGAAGUCAUGUGCUGGACGCAGCCAUCCAGGGUCUGGGCUCAUCCUUGCUUUCGUCAUUGUCAUUGAAGGAGAGUGUCAGGGCCGCAAGGACUCGACAGCCAUUCCAAAUCAAUUAUCCAUAUCGUUUGCAUAUCACGAGUAUGGAGAAUGGACUCAUGGACCAGCUCGCCAUCCGCUUGCUUGAAUCCAUCUUUUUCGACAACAGAGAUGAUCGGUUCUUCUCGUUCACACAAACGGAUUCGACAUUGAGCAUCAUUAUGGACGAGGCAACGAUGAGUCUCUUCCCAGACCACACGCUCAACACCCAAGAGGGCGACUGGCGGCUGAUCUCGAUCGGUGAUGGUCCCUUGGGGAUUGAAGAAGAAAGUGGAAUUGUUAACGAGUUUUCGCGGCCGUUAGGCGGAGAUGGGGUCGGAUUGUUUUAUCUGAGCACCUUCAGCGCGGAUUAUAUCAUGGUCAGUGACCAGGACUUUGAUAGAGCGGUCGAAUGUAUGGAGAGUACGGCCCGGUCGAGGAUGCCAUCGUCACCACUGUCGCCCUCAUUAUCGCCGAGAGAGAGUUUCAAGAGACAGCAGGACGCAAGGUCAAUACGAUCGAUCGAUACGGCGUCGGUGUCGGGAGCGUCUUCGGAUGUCGAGCCUGGAGAGCUGUCACCGGUUUCGACGGCGGCGGAUUCUUCGGAUGGCAAGGGGGAUGAAGAAGGAAUUGUGGGUGCCCAUCCGGAGGAGGCGAUUGCUUAAGAGCAGAGAUACCCCAGCAAGGAAUGUCAAAAACUGAAUAAGGAGGAAAAUAUUACGCGCAUUGAACAUAUAUUUGUAAAGGAAUACAAUAGGUUUGUAUACUAGUAAAGAAAUACGAUAGCUGAGAACAAGCAACAAAAUGAAUAGCAUAU